AUGUCGAGCUCCACGCCGUCAAGCAUGUCCAGCGCGAGCCUAUCCUCCUCCACCAGCACGCUGGCCAAGGCCUUGAAUGCCACCACGGCCGCGGUGCUGGGCAGCACAGCAACAUCUCCAGUGCCUGGGUCUGGAGUCCCUGGCCAUGGCCCAGCAUCUGCUGUUCCAACGACGCCUAUUUUUCUGCAGACCAAAGCAGCCCAGGGCAUUGCGGGUGUUUUUGUGUUUGCUGCCUUGUUCCUGACCUGCCAACAGAUUUAUCGACACUUGCGUUGGUACACUAAUCCAGCUGAACAGCGAUGGAUUGUCAGAAUUCUUUUCAUUGUACCCAUAUACGCCCUUCAUUCGUGGGUCAGCUUGUUGUUCUUCAACUCGGAGAGUUACUAUGUGUACUUCUUUACUGUUCGAGACUGUUAUGAAGCCUUUGUAAUUUACAACUUCCUGAGUCUAUGUUAUGAGUAUUUAGGAGGUGAAGGUAAUAUAAUGAGUGAAAUCAGAGGGAAACCUAUUAGGUCAAGCUUGCUGUAUGGUACCUGCUGCUUGGUUGGGAAAACCUACACUAUCGGCUUUCUACGUUUUUGCAAACAAGCAACUCUUCAGUUCUGCCUUGUCAAACCGCUAAUGGCAUUUGUGAUAAUCAUCCUGCAGUCCUUUGGGCACUUCCAUGAUGGUGACUGGAGUCCUGAUGGUGGUUAUCUGUACAUCACAAUCAUCUACAACAUCUCCGUCAGUCUAGCACUUUAUGGCCUGUUUCUAUUCUACUUUGCUACUCGUGACCUCUUGACCCCAUUUGAACCUGUUCUCAAAUUCUGCACUGUGAAGUCAGUUAUCUUCUUGUCUUUCUGGCAAGGCGUGCUUUUAGCAGUUUUGGAGAAGGCAGAAGUUAUAUCACCCAUUAUUGCUGGUGAAGGACAGCACACCACAGCUGGUACUGUUUCAGCUGGUUAUCAGAACUUCCUUAUAUGUCUGGAGAUGUUGGUAGCUGCUGUAGCUUUGAGAUACGCCUUCCCUUAUCAUAUCUAUGCGGGAUGUAUUAGUGAUGGGAGAGGACGUUCGGUGACGAUGCAAAGCAUUUCUAGCAGCUUAAAGGAAACUAUGAACCCCAAGGACAUUAUGACAGAUGCCAUUCAUAACUUCCACCCACAGUAUCAGCAGUACACUCAAUACAGCUCUGGUGGUUCCCAUGGCCCUCGAGGAAUGCGCAUCAACAGCUAUGAUCCAGAUGAAACUCCUGGAGAACAGCAGGGGAAGUCUACCUUUGGUGCUCAGGUCACCAACCAGCGUAAGCCUGCCUCUCAGCGAGUUGCAACUAUAUCAAAUCAACACAAUGAAAAGACCAUGCUUUUAUCAUCUGAUGAUGAGUUUCAGUAAAAUGACCUCUAUGCUAAAAAAUACUUUCUGUAGCAACUUAUGAUUAGAAUAUUUAUGACUCCUGAAUGUUCUAGUCAUUGAGACUACUGAUGAGAGUCAAGCUUCUCAUAACUUAAGUGGCCCAUGCUUCCAACUUCCAACUUAACCUACCCAUGAUUCUAUUUUCCCUUGGGCUGGUUUGUUGGGUUAAGUUUUCCUUACUCCUUUUCUUUUGAUGCUUGCCACAGUGCAAACAAAGGCCUCAGAUAGAUAUGCCUAUUGCAUUAUGUUUCUCUCAGCGUCAUAUUGGGAUUAUUGUAUAUAUACAUUUCCACCUUAAGCUACCUUUUAUCUUUUCCUUGCAUGAGACUGAAACAAAUUCAAUUACUGUACCAUGAUGAAAAAAGUGCAUCAAAGAGGCUUGGAUUCUUAAAACUUGUAGGCCAAAUUAAGGGAUGGAUAUUGUUCCAAUCCCAUGGUUAUGACAGGACCUGAAACGGUAACAUUACUGACAAAGAAGCAAUGAAUUUAGUGAUGCCUUCUUUCUUUUCUUUGGUUUGUUUGGAAUCUCAACUUUGUUGAAGAUCUCUAAGACACUUUCAUCUUAGUUGGAUGGCUGAGAUGAGACUGUUUAUCAAGCUUUGCUUGAUUUGUGUCAAUUCAUUUCUGUAUGCCAGGCAACGCCUUUUUAAAGUUAGUUUCAUGGAUUUAUCGCACCAUUAGUUUUAUGAAAUGGUAAAAUAUUGUUGAAAUAUCAUUUACUAUUACAAUAUAUUUGAAUUGGCUUUAAAUUGGUGUUCCCUACCUCAUCUUCCUUUAUAAAAUGUAUUAUUUUAACCUUAGGCUUUCUCUUUAAGUUUGGAGGUGAUUAGGUGGUUACAUUAUUGGUAUCAAUAAGUAACAGAAAAAAUCCAAAAAAAUGUAAAAUAAACACAAAAAUUUCUUUCUGUGUGUGUUAAGCUUUAUGGUGUAUGUCUCAUACCAAUUCUUCUUACUUCCUAUUUUGUGUCAUAGUUCAAUCAUUUCAAUACAUGUUGACUGGUUGGUAAGAAGAAGAUUGGGAUGUUUUGCUGAGCAACUGCAAUGCAUCAAUUGACUUUCUCAUUGUGUUAUUAUUGUGUUGUUAGCUUGUCAGGUUUUAGGUCAACACCGACCAAACAAAAUUGUCUUUCUCUGUUUGUUUUUUUAUUAAUUUUAAGUCAUGUGAGACAUUGCGGUUGCUCAGAUGGUGUUGUGAUCAGUAGAGCUAUUUUUCUAUUUCGUACAAAGUGUUCUGUGUUAUGUGGUAGGGCUAUUUAAAAUUAGCUGUAUGCCUGUUGGAAUCAAUCACAUCACACAAACUUUCCUUUUACCCAUUUUGACUCAACCAUGACAAACUGAUUUGCAUAUUAAUUUUUAAGCUUGUUCUCUUCAAGCUUGUAGCGUCUUAUUACUGUUACCAUGAGUCCGUUGUGAUGAUUAUGGAGAAAACAUCCUCUAAAGUAUGCCAAAACUGAACAAAAAAAAAUUAAGUUGUGAAGUCUAGGAUUCAUUAAGAUUUGAAUUUUCUCUUCACAUAAUAUUCUUGUAAAAACUGGUCAGGAAAUCUUAAUUUAAUGGCAUUUGUGAUAAUUGUUUUUCUCAGGGGAGAUGUAUUUGUUUUGUUUUCUUUGUUUGAAACUAUAGAUGUUUUUGAUCGCUUGGACGCUGUCAUGUUGAUGUGAUUUAUUUUCUCUUGAUAAUUUCUUUCUCUGCUUUCUCCCCAUCCCUAAUUAUUCAUGUUUUAAGUUUCUUGAAUGUUUAUGUGGAGGUGUUUCUUGCAAAUUUCAUACUGCUUGUAUGAGAGCAUGAGAAGUGUUUCUAAAGUGUUUUUUUUUCCUUAUUGUUAGCAGGUUAAUAUUCUAAUUUUAUGAAAAAGGGAAGACGUAUUUAACUGAAGUGAGGUGGUUUUGGAAACCCUUCUCAUUCUGCGUCUACUGUGAUUUAUUGUUUAGUACAAGUAGUUAAUAUAAUGUGUUUGUUCUUGUUAGGUUUUUUUUCGUGGUUUUUUUUUGGCAGUUUUUUUUUUGGGCCAAGAUCUCUCUUUGCACAUAUUGGUUUCAAAUUAAAAUACCUCGAUUUGCCUAUUGAUACACAGAACAUUUGUUUUAUUGUCUUGCUAUUAAAAUCAUUUCUAUGGUUGAACCAAAGAGAAUGAUACGGAUUACGUUCCACCGUUUUAAUCAUUCCAUUUGCCAAUGAUGAUAGUGUUCAAUGGAAAUGUGUUAUCAUGAAAUCAGUUAAGCCAUUCCUUUCAUGUGCUAUUUGGGCUGGUAAGACAUGACAAUCUUAGUCCUAUGUUGGUUCAACCCCAGAAAGACUAUUUUGUUUAUAGAUCAGGGUAGUAGUUCUUAAAAUUCCAUGACAUUUUGAUUGACAGUUGUUGGAUCUUGUUAAUGAACUCAUGAACUGCAUUUUAAGUUUUAGGUAUCAUCUUGUUUCUUCAUAUUUAUGGAUUCAUAUUGCAGAUAUAUUGCAGAUUAAAAAAAGGAAAUAAAAAUAAAUAUCUCAGUGUGACUUA